AUGCAGCAGGUCAACGAGCCUCAUCCGCUGUUCGGGGGUGCUUUCUCGGCCGCCCUCCCUCACAGCGCCGCGGACGUGAGCCAGCUGCGGGAGAUUCCGGACAAUCAGGAGGCGUUCGUUCACCCCAACACUGACCAGAGCCUUAUCGUGGAGCUGGUCGAAUACCAAGGCCACGUUGCGGACCAGGACGCGGCCCGAUACCACUUUGAGGACAUCGCAGGCAACAAUGCCGCUUCGCAGCCUGGUGCGCACGAAAUCAUCAGCGUGAUCGCCUUGCCCAAUUCGUCUCUCUCCCUGUCGGCGUGCAACUCUGCCUGGGUGCUGACUGGGAUCCAGUGCGUUUCCAAAUACAACGAGACGGCGAGGAACCGGGUGAUGCUCCACCUCGGGGUAUUCCGACUGCCACAGUUCGGAACCGACGUGCUGGUGACGUUCAACGACCCGCAAAGCAUCUGCCCGGACAGCAGCAGCAUUCCCGCAGCCGUUGAACCCGGCAUUUUGCCGUGGACUCCCGACGACUUCCAGCAACUGCUGCAGUCCCUAACACUACACAACCCAGAGCUGUUUGGUUAA